AACCCUCUGGAAGAUCUGCCAUCUGAGUGAAGGGUGGGUUUGCACUUCCCGGGACCUGGGUCCAGCCAUAGGGUCAGAGGCACUGAGGGAUUUGUAAACUUGUGAUCCAGAUCACCAGCAUUGAGCCCCGGGUCUCCUCUUCACUGCUUGGUAUUUAUAGGUCUGUCUCUCAUCCCAGGAUUACAACAAAAACCCGCCAUGCCUCUGGGAAAACCUGCCCCGGUAAACAAGCGGAAAAAGCUAACCAAGAUCAUAACUGACCUAUCACAUAUCACUCAGGAUGAGUACGAGUCGGAGCCGGAGGCGUCGGAGUUCGACCUGGGAACAAAGAUCAAGACUCCCAAGGACAUCAUGCUGGAGGAGCUUUCCCUGAUGAAGAACAAGGGCUCCAAGAUGUUCAAGAUGAGGCAGCAGAGAGUGGAGAGGUUCAUCUGGGAAAACAAUCCCGACGUCUUCAGCAGUGAGUCAAUGGACAACCUCCAGAAGUUUGUUCCCGGUCUGGGAGGUCAGAUGGGAGGUGACAUGAUAACUGUCGGUGGGCAUUUUGUAAGCAAACAGACUGGACAUCUGCAUUUGGGAGCGAUGCACGCCGGAGGGGCCCCUGUGCCUCCUCCAAAGCCUGGAAGCAGAGGGGCUGGAGCAGGAGGUGCAGGAGGUGCAGGAGGUGCAGGAGGAGUGGGUGGGGGUGACCAUGGGAAAGGUGGAGCAGGAGAAGGAGGAGCUAGUGUGGGGUCUACACUAAAAGGAGGUGGAAAGGAUGACGCAUCCAAGAAAAAGCUUAUUGUGAAGACAUACGUGUCUCCAUGGGAGAAGGCCAUGAAGGGUGAUGAAGGUCUGUUAGCUACACUGAGAUCUGAAAUGCCUGGUCCCAUUCAAGGAAGGGAUCUCCGCAAGUACAAAUGCUUCAACAGGUGUGCCAUGCCCUUUGGAGGCUUCGAGAAGGCCAACCAGUUCUUGAAAUUCCAGCUGCCAGAAACUGAGGCCAAAACGGAGCCUGAACCCGCAGUGGUGUACCAACAGGACAUUGGCUGCCGGCCUUCCUUCAACCGCACUCCUAUCGGCUGGGUGGGCAGCUGUGAGCCCGGCUCCAUUCAUAUGGAGGCAGAUGGUGUGCCCUUCGAUGGAGAGACUGAUGAGCUGUGAAAAAAAUAUCCAUACUGUGAUUACACUCACUGUGCACAGUCACAUGCACACACGCAAGCAUGAACGCAUGCAUACACGUUAGCAUGCACACACACACGAUAGAUGAGCUUACAGUGAAAUGUUAUAUUGAUGAUCUCUUAGUGUGGAUGACUGAAAGCGUACAUGAAAUGUAGUCAUGUUCUUAUUUUGCUCUGUAUUUGGUUGUAAGGCAAAGAAACAAGCUGUCGAUGUUGUGAGGGGGCGAAACAUCAAACUUUUAUUUGCUAAGUUCUUACAUUGAGUAAACACUCAAUUUGUCAGAAAAGUUGUUCUCGGUGAGAAGCUGCAGAUUUUGUCAAUGAGGAAAGAAUGAAUCAAGUAUGAAGGAAAGAUUUAUGCUGUGUUACUGUUGCGCACACUGUCUCGGUGUCAACUUGUUUCUAUAUUUGUUAUUUCUCAGUGCCUUUUUUGUUGUUAAGAUUCUCUGUUCAUUUGUUGAGCUGUGAAAACCCUACGAACCUGUCUAGCUCAUGAUGCAUGCAUAGUCAGCUGCUGAUCCAUUAACCUACUGUACCAACUCAGUUUCUCCAUAAUAAACCUUCUCAAACUGGAACAGUCCUCUUGGAGAGUGAUUAAAAC